AUGGUGGUCACCAGGGACUGGGGCACAGGAGCGGACUGGGGAGAUACCUUGAGCAGAAUUCCAGGCAGGAGGAGUAAGCUCACGAGACCCAUUGUAACCUCGGUGUGCUUGAGAAGUGGUCUAGGUGCUGCUGAAGGCCAUUGUCUCAAUCUGUCUGGCACUUGCAGAAGAGACACCUGCAAAAUGAUAGAAGAUGAAAUUGGUGGCUGCAGAAGAAGGUGGAAAUGCUGUAGAGUGUGGUGGAUUCUUGUUCCGAUUCCAACACCCGUUAUCUUUUCAGAGUAUCAAGAACCCCUUAAGCCUCGGAUAAAAUGA